AUGGCCUUCCAGACCAACGUCUUCAGGGACGGUGAGUGGCGGACAGAGACGGUUCACAUCUCGACCAUCUUGCAAAAGUCUGCUGCUACGCCUGUCGCCCCGACCCCAGUCUUGCCUGAAGCACCCGCCUGCGGUAUCCUCACGCGCACACUUGUUCAAAGCCCCCUGGUACACUGGAUCUUGCCGACUCAUCUGCGCUCUGCUCGGUACAACGACGUUGCCUUUGUCGGAGAUCAUUAUGUGCAAAUCAACGAGCUAGGCGAUGGUGGCGAGCUUCGAGAAGUUCUGCGCAAGGACGACUUUGGUGCCCGCAUCCAGAAUGCCCACGUCAUCGGCAACACCUUCGAGCGCCUGGAGGCUGGAGACAGCGAGGUCGCGUUUGGCCAGCUCAAAGAAGAGGACGACGAAGCACAGAUGGAUGCCAACCUCGGCCUGCGCCCCAGUCCUUCGUCCCAUGCGGCCUUGCCACCGCAUCUUCUGCUCCUGGUCCUCGCAAACGGCACUCUCGUCUUUCUCUUCGUCCGACGACUCGGCGAGCGGUUCGAGUUCGUUACGUCCGAGUUCCGCCAUCCGGACGCUAGACUCGGUACGCUGGGCUAUCAUGCUGCCGUUGAUCCCAAGUCGAGGUACAUUGCGGUGGCAGAUAUGGAGAACACAUUCGUCGUCUACGAGCUUCAAUCGUGGGAGACCAUGUCACAGCAGUACUCACAACACAGCUCUAUUUCCCCCGUCAAGUCAUGGAGUCCACGGCCCGUGAACGGCUUGGUUCACAAGAUGGAGUUCCUCCACCCACGCCCAGAGGAUGAUUAUCAUGUCAUUCUGCUCCUCGUCAUACUCAAACAUGGCGCCUCUGCCCCCAAGAUGAUUCUCUACGACUGGGAGCGCGGGGAUGACGUCCGCCAAAUACUUGCCGAGGACAAGGACGGGCACCGAUUACCCCGGGAACACAGAAUGCCACUAUUUCUCAUCCCUCUGACCAUCCGGAAUUCGUUCUUCAUCGUAUCCGAAAAUUCCCUGGCUGUUUGCAAGGAUCCCCUCCAGGGACCGCCUCAAUACGUGACAGUGGACGCGGGCGCACACCCGAAGACACGCUUUCACUACGGCACGCAACCCCCAAUGUGGACGGCGUGGGAUCGGCCGGUGAGGAGAAGGGGGUACUAUAACAACAAGGACAACAUCUAUCUUGCUAGGGAAGACGGCGUGAUAGUCUUCUUCGAAUUCGAUACCAUCGAUCUCCUUGCCACUGGCAUGAAUGUGGGCAACUGCAACAGCAACAUUUCCACCGCCUUCACCACCAUGUAUGAUGCCUUCAGCGAUGUAGCCAUCAUCUCAGGCGAUUCUGGCCCAGGCAUGGUGUGCCAGUUGCGACCAAGAAAGCCAAUCGUUGAGCUCGGGACUAUUCCCAACUGGUCUCCGACACUCGACUUUACGAGUCGUUGGAGCGAACAGUAUAGAGAGCAAGCCGCACGACAUGACCGAAUCUUCUGCGUCUCCGGAACCGGCAUACAAGGCAGCAUCACAGAGCUGCGCCAAGGGAUCUCGGCUAAUAUUGGCUGGGAGAUCGCCUACGACACGGCCAUUCGACAAGCCUGGGUUUUUGAGGCUCAGCUGAGUGAUAUAGGGCCUGGAUACUACUUGCUCCUUGCCCUGCCUGACUCUUCCGAUAUACUUCAGGUCCCGCGAGACUCUCUUGAAGCCAGCCGGCCGAACCCUGGGGGGCCUGACUUCGACAUAACCGCACGAACUCUGGCAGCCGCACAGUGUUCUGAGCAAAUCAUUGCGCAGGUGACGGAGUCUGCCAUUUCUCUAAUAACACCCUUGCGAAGUUCUCGACAGGCUUUUUCCUCCUUCGAGGGUGUCCAGGGUAAUGCCGAACAUGCUACGGUACGGCAAAAGCGCGCUGCGGUCUCAACACACGGCCAAAAUCGGUCACUCAUCCAUGUCUUUUAUAUCGAAGAUCUCCAUGCCUCUGUAACGCACACAUUUGAAACCGAGGGAGAAGUCACAUGCCUCGCUUUCUGUCGUAUUGGUAGGCAGGAGUGCAUACUUUCUGGUGUCUGGCGCGAGAGCCACCCUUACAUGGCUGUGUUUCCCAUGGACAACGAGGGCAAAGUAACGCCGUCCUUGACACGACUCGACGCGGGUAUCGGUUCCGAGCCGAGCCAGGCAUCUGCGCCUACGGGUCCCACAGUCGAACCUAUCACAAGCAUUGCGCUCGUUGAAGAAGGUGAUGCAACCACAAGCAUUGCCUUAGGAUCCCGAAGUGGGCACCUCAUCACCUUGAUGCUGAACUGCAACGAUCCGUCUCAAACAUUCAUCUCACGAGAGAGGAUUGGUUCCGUGGCACUCCGCGUGGUAUCGACAGACAAUACUCUAUGUCCUGGAUCAGUUUUAGCCUGUUGCGAUGACAAUCUCUUACUCUUGAGCAGCUUUGACACGGCUAGUACGGGAAAAUUCCGAAACAGACAGCGAAUACUAGCGAACGAUGUCAAAGACCCGACUUUAGCUGCGCCACUCAUCACCUCGGUGACAAGCAUGCAAAACAGUAUUGGUCAAACGAACCAUAUAUCCCUACUGUUGCUGGCCAAAGAUCGCAUCCUCGUCACGGAAAUGCUUCCAAAGACAGUGUCGAUGCCGAGAAGCCUCCCGUUGCAUGGCACACCCACAAGGAUUCUCUUCUCGCAGACGCUAUCAUGUUUGGUGGUCGCGAUGAAGGUGGGCCCCGGCCAGACAACGAUUGCUUUCGUAGAUCCCGAUACCGGGGAGAACUUGUCCAUGCCGACCGACAAGGAUAGCAAUCCGCUGCCUUUCAUCAACGGCUUGGGUCUUUUGGACGACAGGAUUCACGACAUGUUCGAGUGGCUCUAUGUCAAGGAGGGUAAAACAUGGCUCUUCAUAGUCAUAACGACGAGAGACGGACAGCUGCUGAUCAUCACCACUCAGAGGGUCGAAGUGGAAGAUGCUGACGGUCGAGUGAGCGAGAAGAUCCGUCACUGGACUCGGUACAAGAAGAAGGUCGCCGACCAAGCCAUCUAUGCUGGCGUGGGAGAUGGCGCCGAUCUAUUCUUCUGCGCUGGCAACAUUCUCCACUGGGAAGCUCUGGAUCUUGUGGAGAAGAAACUGAAACCCAAGAAGACGUUUGCCCUCCCCUCGCCAGCCACGUCUCUGCGAAUCGUUAACGAUCAGCUAUGUGCACUCACGACAAACCACUCUUUGCUUGUGCUCAAUCACAAGGCCGAGGGUCGACACGACGAGAUGACUUUUGCUCAUAGCGACGUAGGAAGUCGCAAGGCCUCGCACUACAUUGAGAUGGGCAAUAGUUGUGAGGAGACGCCUGCCUGGCCCAUUACCCUCAUCUCUGAACAGACACACGAUUUUGUCGGGGUUUGGGUACCAUGGAAGGAACCAGAAAAAGAGUUCAGAAUUGUGUUCAAGGGGAGAUUGCCAGCAGGUGUUCGGAGGCUGCGCCGUGGCCACGUGCGACCGGCAUGGAUGGCACCAAAUAUCACGCCUCGUUACGGGCACAUACCCAGCACUGUCGAUGCGGCGGAUGUACUGGCCAUUUGCAUGGACGGCUCACUUCACCACUUCACCCUGCUCAGCCCUGAGGCAUUGGUCGUACUCGAGCUUAUUCAAAAGCUCGCUGUACAAGGUCGUUCAGACGACUCACCGACGGCGAGACUGUCACAUGCCAAUGGCACGGAGCCGUCAGCUAUGGCCAAGGCCAGGCGACACGGCCACGUAGACGGCGACGCGUUGCAAAGAUGUCUUGACAAGCGGGCCCUGGAGGCGCUCUUGUCCGCUGGCGACGGAGCCGACGUGCUUCUCCGCGAUGCUUUGGAGAGCCUCGAGGGAGGGCGUUGGACGGCGUCUUUCGGAGGACAGAGGGAGAAAUACGUGGACCUGGCAUAUGAAAUCCUAGAAUAUUUCCUUGCCCCUGUGUUUUAG